UUUUCGUGUGUCUUUCUGUGGGGCAGCAUUACUAUUUAUCGCCGAUAUCGAGAUAAGAUGUGGGGUUGUUCGGUGGCAGGUAACGCCGAUGGACGCGAACGGAUAGUGCAAUAGUCGAGUGUCAUCAUGCAAUGGCCCCACGAUUGAGGCCAGUAUAUAAAGCUUUGGUAUUCCUGAAUUGUUGCUCGCCGAUUUCUACUAUAGACUUCAUUUAAAUUAUAGAUUGACCGUGCUUGAUAUUAUCCUUUCAUUCAUAAUGACUCGUGUUUUGCUGACUGGGGGCUCUGGCUUCAUCGCCGCUCACGUUCUUGACCUUUUACUGAAGAAUGGUCACUCCGUUGUCACAACCGUUCGCUCUCUCGAAAAGGCCCAGAAGAUCAAGGAUGCCUAUCCUCAAGUGUCCAAGGACAAGCUCGACUUUGCGAUUGUCGAGGACAUUUCGAAGCCCGAUGCUUUCGACGAAGCCGUGAAAUCCGAGCCCCCGUUUGAGGCCGUCCUCCACACGGCCUCUCCUUUCCAUUUCAACGUUACGGACGCAAAGAAGGAUCUCCUGGAUCCUGCGAUUAUUGGAACCACUGGUAUUUUGAAGGCAAUUAAGAAGAGCGCACCAUCAGUGAAGCGAGUGGUCAUUACCUCGUCUUUCGCGGCUAUCUGGGAUCAGACCAAGAAGCCCGGCCAUGUUUACUCCGAGCAGGACUGGAAUCAAGUUACAUUAGAAGAUGCAGAGAAGAACCCUGCCGAUGCGUACAGAGCUAGCAAGACCUUCGCCGAAAGGGCCGCCUGGGAAUUUGUGGAAAAGGAGAAGCCAAACUUUACUGUUGCCACCAUUAACCCUCCAAUGGUUUUCGGUCCCGUGAUCAACUAUCUCAAUGACCUGUCAAGCAUCAACACCUCAAACAGCCGGGUAGCAGAUCUGAUCCAAGGCAAAUGGAAGAACGAGAUACCCCCCACCGGCCUCAUCCUUUGGGUAGAUGUUCGCGACGUGGCUCUCGCUCACGUUAAAGCUUUCGAACUGGAUUCGGCAGCAGGAAAGAGACACUUCAUCAUUGCUGGCUACUACAGCAACAAGGAGACGGCCGAUAUUGUUCGAAAGAACUUCCCCGAGCUGGCAUCAAAGCUCCCUACCGAGAGUACUCCUGGUGGAGAUUAUCCUGAGGGUGCUAAGCCUGGGUUCGAUAAUAGCAGAGCGGUCAAUGAGUUGGGCAUUAAGUUUAGGCCGUAUGAGGAGUCUGUCGUUGACCUUGUCAAGUCAUUGCAAGCUAUUGGAGCGUAAGAUGACCGGGCACGUGUUUUGUAUCAAGUUCUAAAAAUAUCCCAGCGCAAAUAAAAUUUCAGUUUCCCGCCUUUAAAUAUACUUACAUUCGAUGCCUGAUUUGACGUGGUAUGUGGGAG